CACACACACACACACACACACACACACACACACAGACCCUCCCCCUGCAGCAGGAAGCAAAAGCCACGCCGCACACACCGGUAGUUGCGUGUCCAUGGAGCCCGAUCAGACCUUGCGGAGUGGCGGUGCUGCUCUCCGGGGCAUGGGCGUGAGGAGCGGCGCUGGAACCGGGGCGACGACGCCCCGCCGGCGGGGGACAGCUCUCCCCGGGGCCGCCGCACUGCUCUGGCUGCUGCCGGCGCUGCUCACCUCCUGCGUCAGGUGCGCGGAAAGUGCCAAACCCAGCAACGUCGUGCUCAUCCUCGCCGACGACCAGGACGUUCAGCUGGGGGGGAUGACCCCCAUGAAGAAAACAAGAGCCUUAAUAGGAGAUGCAGGAGCAACAUUUGUGAAUGCUUUCACAGUCACGCCGCUGUGCUGCCCCAGCAGGAGCAGCAUUUUGACAGGUCAAUACCCCCACAACCACGAGGUGAGGAACAACUCUCUGUCUGGGAACUGCUCCAGUCCCCUGUGGCAGAAAGGUCCCGAAUCUGAGGCCCUGCCCUUCUACCUGAGCAAACAGAAAUACCAGACGUUCUUCGCUGGCAAAUAUCUUAACCAGUAUGGUAAGAAAGACGCAGGAGACGUCAGCCAUGUUCCUCCUGGAUGGAACCAUUGGCAUGCAUUGGUGGGGAACUCGCAGUACUACAACUACACACUGUCCGUCGACGGCAAAGAAGAAAAGCACGGCGACAGUUAUGAGAAGGACUACCUCACAGACCUCCUGUUGAACCGGUCUCUUAAAUUUCUGGAGGACAGGAGUCCCCAUCAACCCUUCUUCCUGAUGUUGUCUCCUCCGGCUCCUCACUCCCCCUGGACGGCAGCGCCUCAGUACCAGAAGGAGUUUGGUGAUGUUAAAGCUCCUCGAGACGGGAGUUUUGACAAAUUAGGGAAGGACAAGCACUGGCUGCUGCGUCAACCUGUCAACCCCAUGCCAGAGAGCUCACUGACCUUCCUGGAUAAUGCAUACAGGAGAAGGUGGCAGACUCUGUUGUCAGUGGACGACAUGGUGGAGAUGCUGGUCAAGAAACUGGAUAGUAUAAAGGAACUGGACAACACCUACAUCUUCUACACCUCAGACAACGGCUACCACACAGGUCAGUUCUCUCUGCCCAUCGAUAAGAGACAGCUGUAUGAAUUUGACAUCAGGAUCCCGCUCUUGGUCCGUGGUCCUGGCAUCAAACCAAACCAGACGCUGCAGGCUCCGGUACUGAAUAUUGACCUGGCUCCGACCAUAAUGGACAUAACUGGCCUCAACCUGUCCUCUGUGAAUGUGGAUGGGCAGUCUUUCCUCAGUCAGAUGGCUCCCUCACUGCGUAAUGGAAGUGCACGUCCCUUUUUCCUUGUCGAACACACCGGAGAGGGAAAUCCCACAACAGAUCCAGCGUGUCCCAAACUAGGCCCUGGACUAUCUCAAUGUUUCCCAGACUGUGUGUGUGAAGAUGCCUUCAACAACACCUACGCCUGCGUCCGGACCCUCGACGGCGAAAACAACCUGCAGUACUGCGAGUUUGCCGACAGCGAGUCGUUUGUAGAGGUGUACAACCUGACGUCAGACCCGUACCAGCUGGAGAACAUUGUGAAGAAGGUGGACCCAGUCAUCCUGCAGACGAUGAACCAGCGGCUCAUCGAGCUCCAGUCCUGUAAGGGGGACAGCUGCCGUGACCUCAAGUAACGGAGAGCCCACUUAGCGUUUACAUACUCCAAGAAGCUGUACACCUCUUUCUCACCAAAUCAGCUCUGGUUCUUAAACCGGUUUACAUUCAGGGUUCUUGGAACUGGAUGCUACCCAGUGAACUAGCCUGCAUAUCAACUAGUUUUGAGUGGAACCAUUGUAAUGAAGGUUCUGUCGUUAGCAGAGGCCGUUGCACAAUUUGCAAGUGCUUGUCCUUUCAUUAGAUAUACUGUGUUUGUUGGCAGACCACUGCAACCUCUUUUAUUUGCCUCCUUCAUCCUCCAUUUCCCGCCGAUGUAUGACAUGCCUACUGAUGUCAUCACGGUUCACUAUUGAAAACCUACAAUAGUUUUUUUGUUUUUUUUGCCGAAAUGCUCCAGUUCAAAAUCAGAUGUACGAAUGGGAACAAAAGUUGUUCCAUGUUGGUGGAAGAGGGAACUACUGGAAGGUGGAGCUGGUUACGUCCAGUCAAUGGCCAUUUUCACCACAAGUAUGAAAGCUGCACAGGCAUUGAUGAUGCUGGCUCACUGUUCCGCAGCCAUGGCUUCAGGGAACACUUCAAGAAGGAGUUAUGCACUUAUUUGUGUUUUUGCUGCGAGUUAGAUGAGAAGAUGGAUAAGCACAACUGGUUAGCUUAUCUUGGCAUAAAGACUGGCAAUAGAGGGAAACAGCUCUGUCCAAAGGCUCCUCUUCUACAGCUCACUGAUUAACACGCAGCAUUGUUUGUUUCAUUUGUGUGAAAAUGACUCAUAGCUGUUUUGUGAGGGCUGUGAUGAGACAUCACCAGCAAAUAACCUUUGAUUUGUUUUGACACUUUGCUUUUCUUUCUUUUCAAACCCUCAAGCAGAAAGUGAGCGAGCGUAUUGCCCUAAUAAUCUUUUUCCCUUUAAUGUUGUUAUUGCGACUGCUUCUCUCCAGUGACGAGUCAGAAUGUCUGCUGAGCUGUGAUUGAAUCCGUGCUCUCAUGCUAUUUUCUUUCAGAUAGCGUUAACUCCUUGUCCUAUUUAUUCUAUUGAAAUGACUCUAUGAUUACCAGUCAGUCCACGUGUUUCCGUUUACUGCACUAUAAAUGCACUGUUCUUUAAAGUGUUUGGAGUUCACAGUGCCAUGGUAACAUUUUACCAAUCACAGAUCAACCAACAUGUUGCCAGUGUAUGUUUUGGAGAUGUAUUGAUUUGAACAACCAAAGGUUUGCUGGUACACUGUAGCUCUCUCCAAUCAUCUCUGUAAAGGAAUCGUCCAAAACGUUUGCAUGUGUGUUUAUUUUUAAUCUUUUUAAAAAUGAAUGCCACUCGUGUCCUCCUGUUUCAUUUGAAGCUUCCUAUAUCAGCUGGAUAGCUCAGCUUAUCAGAAAAGGUGGUGGAAACAGAGCCUGCAACCGUGGUACAGUCCAAAGUUAACAAAGUCCACCUAGCAGCACCAAUAAUACUCACUCAUUUCGAACACAACUGUUUCUCUGCUUUUCACAACUCUUUGAAAUCGUGCUCAUUAUUUUAUCCAUGAAUAGACACCAUUUUGUGUGUCUAGUUAUCGCUCCAAUUUUGUGCCUCAGAUUUAAUGGACCCAGCGUUUUUGAUUUUUAACCCUGAUAUUUGUGACAUAUUUUGAAUAUUAGUGAUAACAUUUGUUUAGCGUCUUUUCGUGAGGAGUUCAUUAAGGGAAAUUUCACAUGGACUUGUGCCUUUUUAUUUGCACUGACCAGGAACAUGUGCCUUAAAUGUGAAUGUAUUUGCACUGUGAAGAAACUUAUUAAAAAAAAAAUUAAAAAACCUUAAA